GUCAGGCCCGGGGUUAAGGCCCCACUUUAAGGGGUUAAAAGAGGAUUUGUGAGGGCUGUUUGUUGCAGAAUUUGUGAGUGCAGAGUAGGGCCAUGCUGCCCAAGGGAGUGCCUUAGAGGACUGUUAGUGGCCCAGCAGCAGGAGUGGACAAGGCUUUUCUGUGCCUCAAGCCACAUCUGACAGCACAAGGCCAGCAUCCCUUGCAUUCAGUACCUGCUGAAGAACUUGCACACUUCCAACUGCAGGAACAUCUUUGUCCUCCUGGGUGUCUGCAGGUAGCCCAGUGCAAGUGGGAGGAGGGAGAAAACACUUGGCAAGCCAGCAGAAAGGUCAGUGUUCCCUAAUCUGGAGCUGUGACUUAACAAGCUUUCUUCUUUCCAUUCAUCAGACAGGACAUGUAGGGAUUACCAUUGCUAUACAUAGAUUGCUCUUAGCUGUGUCCUGUCCUGCUGGGAGCACUGCAGAGCUGUGUCACCCUCAGGGCUGGGCAUCCCACUGCUGCUUAUCCAGUGUCCAGCCUCUGCAGAGGGUUUCAGUCAGGACCAAGAGAGGACAGCUCUGAAGCUGGAAGCACUCAAACAUUGAGUUUUCUCAGUGAGAGAUCCAUCAGGAAGAACAAAUGUAGGGGCUGGCUACUGCUUCCCUGGGCAGGAGUCAAAAUGUAGCUCUGAAGAUAAUUUGUUGGGUAUUUUCCCGAACACAAGGGGGUUUUGUGGGCUUUUUUAAGUGCAUGUUCAGCUGGUCAGGGAUUUGGCAGCAGUGUUGGAUUGUGUGAGCCCGGGUGUGCACAUGGAGAUAAGGAGCCAAGGCGUAAUCUAGAAUUCCUCUGCUUGAUAGCCCGUUAUCUCUGGGCAUGGGCUCUGUGUGUUUUUGCUCUUGAUGGGUCCCCUCGAGGUUCUGGCUCUGUAAACACAGUUGCUGUUUUAAUGAUCUGGGAGUGUCCUGCUUUGGCUUUAUUGGCUCCUGAAAUAAAAGGCUGGGAAGCACCCAAAAAUGAGUUCCUGGUCAGGGACAUGCAAGCACCCAAACCCUCUACAGCUUGUCACAGCAGUGGCUGGUGCUGGCAAACAGGCACGUUUGGACUUUCUGUUGGAAUUACAGCCUGCUCCAUGGAACCCAUGAACAUUUUAAUAUUGGGUAUUUCAAUUGCAAAUUGCCAGGUCACAAAUGGAAGGCGUUUUAUCUCCCAGCGCUGCUCUCUAGACUUUUUAGAAGACAUAGUGGAAUAUGCCAGUGUCCGAAGAACCAAGCAUAUAUCUGGGUCUCCAAGACACAAAAGUUUGAAGAAGAUGCACUUCAUCAAGAACAUGAGGCAGUAUGACACCAAGAACAGCAGGAUAGUGCUGAUCUGUGCCAAACGAACCCUGUGCGUGGCGUUUUCUAUCCUACCUUACGGGGAGGGGCUACGGAUCAGUGAUCUGAAAAUGGAAGGACAGAAACAGCGACAUCCUUCUGGGGGAGUUUCAGUAUCUACUGAGAUGGUGCUUGGACUGGAAGGAGUAGAGCUGGGUGCUGAUGGCAAGGUUGUGUCCUAUGCAAAAUUCCUGUACCCGACCAACGCUCUGGUUGUUCGCAAAGCCGACGCCUACGGUGCUGUUCCCCCCUGUCGAGCCAGUGCUCCCCGGAGUCUUCCUGGAUCAAGAUACAAACCUGUGACAGCAAAAACAAUACCAGCAGGGACAGACAUUGGAAGUGAAGCUGGAGAAGCUGCAGAGUAUGAUCCAAAUCUUCUGGAUGAUCCUCAGUGGCCCUGUGGAAAACAUAAACGUGUUCUCAUCUUUGCCUCCUACAUGACUACAGUCAUAGAGUAUGUGAAACCCUCAGACCUUAAAAAGGAUAUGAACGAAACCUUUAGAGAGAAGUUUCCUCAUAUCAAGUUGACACUGAGCAAAAUUAGGAGUUUAAAGAGAGAGAUGAGAAACCUGAGUGAGGAGUGCAGUCUGGAGCCAGUGACUGUCUCCAUGGCUUACGUUUACUUUGAGAAGCUCGUCCUCCAAGGCAAGCUCAACAAACAGAACCGCAAACUGUGCGCUGGUGCUUGUGUUCUGCUGGCAGCCAAGAUCAGCAGUGACCUCAGGAAACACGAAGUGAAACACCUGAUAGAUAAACUAGAAGAGAGAUUCAGAUUCAACAGAAGGGAUCUCAUUGGUUUCGAAUUCACCGUCCUCGUGGCUUUGGAACUGGCUCUGUAUCUCCCUGAAAACCAAGUUUUACCUCAUUACAGACGGCUCACACAACAGUCUUAACCAAAGCUCCCUCCCAGCCAGCAUCCAGCUGUGCUGGGAUCCCACCCCAGGAUGCUGCCUGUGGAGCUGCCACUGGCUCAGCUCGUUGGGAAGGCUGCAGGGUGAUGGGAACUGUCGAGGUCUGUGGACACAGAUGCCAAAUCUGGGGCAUGGUACGAGAAGAGUUAUUGAACUUUUGUUCUCUUUUGGACAUUUAAAGCACAAAUAUUCACCAGUCAGCUGUCAUGGCUGCUUAUUAUUCCUUAUUUAUCUUCCUGGUUUUACUAAAACUGUUCUUCCCUAUGAAGAAUACUAUGGUAUUGGUUCUUUUUAUUUUGUUUUGUUUUAAGCCUUUAUUGUAUUCCUUGAAACUGAAGGAACAUCACUUCCAUUCCAGUGCACCAUAAAGUUCAGAUGUUUCUAAGAACCUUCUCACAUUUUUACAUUAAUGAAAUGCAUACUUUAUUUUUUUAAAGAUGUGCCUAAAACUGGCUGGUCUGGUACCAGUGCUUUUUAAGUUAGUUCUGUUAUUUAGUGGGGAAUCCUGAAUUUGUAUAGCCAUUUAUUCUUUACCUGCAUUGGCCUUGCAUACAAGGAAAACAAUUCCAGUAUAUCUGCACUAAUAAUAUACAGGGCAUCUAUUCUAUGAUCUAUAAGUAGCAAGAUUGAAAUUACUCCAUUUCAAUUUAUUUACUAUAAAUAACUUUAAAAUAUACAUUUUGCUUUAGAAGGAAAAUUGGUUUGAAAACCUGUCAUGAAGUACCACACAUUGAGUGAGGUAGCUGGCAAGUGAUUGCCAUCCUAAUUCACUCUUGAGUGGAAGAUGAGCACUUGACUAAGAGCAAUUUGCUGUCUAAUGUUUAAUUUAGGGGGUUUAUUUGUUUCUCUGUUCUGUAGCCUGAAAUAAGCACCUUUUUUAGGAUUGACUGUAUUAUAGAUGGUCUUAUCUGAGCAAAUAUGAAGCCAGUAGAGUUACUGCUGCCAACUGAGGCCAGUGAAACAAAGCAUGCUCGGUAUUUAAAAUGCUACAUUUUUUACUCUCUGUUCUUCCAAGCGUUGCAUCACUGUGAUGGUCCUCAUAAAACUGGCAUUUCUUGCACAUCUGAGCAGCCACUACUGGCUGGUGCCCAGCAGCUCUCUUGAGUUCUAAUAACUUCUCUGCCCCUUGGCUUAUUCCUUCCUUUAUUUUUACAGUAUCCAGGUUGAGAAUGAAUUCUUGAUUACACAUGAAACCUUCUGUGGUAUUGGCUCUUGGAUUUAUUUUCUGAAGCAAUAUUAUUGAUACAAGUUACUGGGUCCCUUUGCAAGGAACAAAACUGAUACUUGGUUAUUCCAACUGAGAAAGUUGUCAUUUAAGUUUGAUUUAUAAACUGCCAGACCUCAUGCUGAGGUCAGGGACUUGUUAUCCAAUAUGUAAGUAAUGUAAAUUCCUGUUCCUUGUAUUAAAUAUUGGUUGUAGCCAAAACCAAAGCUGAAUCCUUGCUCUUCAGCUGUGUUUUGUCUGAAGCUAAUUUGGCUUCAUUAGAAUUGCAGCAAACUUUACUGGAGCCCCUUCCUCUCAGAGUGGGGCUCAAAGUGUAUUUUUCAUAUAUAAUAAUUACAGUGACUAUCAAACCUUUUGUAACUGUGUUCAGCUGUAUGUAGCUUCAAAUUAUUUGUGUAAAAUUUAAUAUGCUUGUGAUUUCUCUAACACAGAAGGACUUUCCAGUCUCCAGAAGUAAGAUGUAGCUAAUAGCUUAGACAAUAAGCUUGCCAGAUAUCUUCCAAAAGGUUUUAAAAAACUGCCUACUAGUUAAACUUUCUACUGAAUAUAACUGUCCUUGCAUGCAGAAAUAGUGAUGUACUAAACAUCUAGUGUGUAAUGAGCCUCCAAAUUAGCAAACAGUGGUGCAGACAGCUGAGGUGCUCCACCACUUCCCAAGGCAUUGUGGAGGGGCCAGAGGUACAACAGAGCAAAGAAAUUUCUUACAGAACAGCUUGAUUGGCAUGAAUGAAAUCUGAACGUGUCUUUCUCUGGGAACUUCUUUAUUUAGUGUAUAAAGACUUUUUUGUAACAAAAUUAACUUUCUGAGGGAACAAAACGCACUUUGGUUUGCAACACAUUGCAGUCUGUAUUCAGUGGAAAUUUGUCUAGUUCAAGUGGCCAUUUGGGCUGAAAUUACACUCCCAGAACCUGUGGGUUUACGUCAUAAAACCAGCAAGCUUUUGUUUUCUUCCAGGAGAACAAAUUGGGAUAAAGGAGCAUUAAAUUACAGAAAGCUGAAUGUUGUCUGACAGUUAUUCUAGCCCUUGGCUCGGGCACACACUCGAGUUGGGAAGCCAAGGAUGACGCAGGGCAGCGAGGGCUGUGCCAGCUGUGUCUGGCAGAGCUCGGGUUUGGGGUGAUGCUGCCCAGAGCCUGGGGCUUUUGCAGGAACCUGUGUGCGUGCAGGGACAUCCAGCCCUUCUGCAGCUGGGAUCCUCCCCCAGCUCCAGCUGCUCUGCCCGCCGGGUUUGCCGUUCCCAGAGCGCAGCUCGCAGCCCUGGGCUGGAAUCUCUCUUUUUUCACCUAAAAGCUGCCACCAUGUGGCAAAGGACUCUCAGUACCUUGCGUUCACAAACUCAGCGCGGGACCCAGAGCCAGACCUGCCGGUUCACGUUUGCACAGCCAAACUCCUCUUGCUCUGAAGAGAAACAGCUUUACACCGAGGGGGGCUCGGUGCUUUGUGAAGGUGCUGCUGGGGUGGCUCAGCACGGAGAACUCUCUUGAGAAGAGCCUGUACAUUUCCUGUAAACAAAAACUCAUCUAGUUUUGUCAUACUCCAUUAUUUAAAAGUCUGAGUUGUAGCCUGUUUUGGGUUUUUUUGUUUGUUUUUUCUUCUGUGAAAUUAAGAUGCUGUGAAAUAAAACCUGGUUUUGGUA